AUGAGGUUUUUUCGUUCCUUCCUCCUUUUGAGCGCGCCGCUCUACCCUCAAGCUUACGGGCAAGGCGAAGCGUAUACCCCAGUCCUAGAGAGUCAUGGCUCUGGGUCCCAGGUUCCUUCGACGGGGAAUAGCUCCCUUCCAGCCUCCACGGACCUGCCAUCGCCAACGCAGAUUGAAGAUGUAACAUCCUCGGCUGUUUAUGCAAGUCGACCAGCAGAUGACAGUGACUCGCUUGAGGUUUACUGUCUUCAUUCCAAAUGCUAUACAUCUACAAGACUGAUCACAAGAACUUUCUCAUGGCCCACCCACUGGCCCAGUAAAUAUCCCGAACCACCCUGCCACGACCCAUGGUGUUGGUGGUGGAAGACUGUCACAAAGACUAUUGUCAAGACAGAAACCGCCACAGAGGUUGUCACAGAGAUCAUUACAGAUAUUGAGACUGAGACUGUCACUGUGCCCCGGACUGAAGACCAUACAGUCACUGUGACAGAUGAGGAAACACUCACCUUGCCCCAAGAUACCAUCACUCUUCCCCCAGAGACCAUUACUGAUGUUACUACUCUUCCCCCCGAGACAACAACUGAGGUGGUCACCCUGCCUCCUGUCACAAGCACCAUUACCACUACACUUCCUCCUGAUACAGUGACAGUUCCCGGUGGGGUAACUACGCUUCCACCGCGAACAAUAACUGUGACAACAACUUUGCCCGCAAGCACAGUGACUAGAGUCACCACGCUCCCGCCAAGAGUGUCUACAAUCUAUCAAACAGUCUCUCACACAAAAACAAUCCCGGGAACAGACCGCACUGUGACAAGAACAGUGGAUUACAUUUCGAUCUGUCCAUCACGCACAUUGAACCCAACUUUUACUCCAACUGCGCCAGUUCCAUCACAUUAUAUUUGGGGUUGUCCACCGGGCACUCUUUGCAGGCCAAGGCACGGCCCCGAAGACGGUAACUGUAACUUCGAAGUUGGUCUCCCUGGCGCAGACUUUUUUUGCAGUCCGGAGGAAUGCGGGCCGCCACUGCCCGAACGCCCGCCACAAUAUUGGGGUGAGCCAGUGUUUGGAACACAAGUUGAGAAAUAUGUUGUGUCCCCGGGUUAUUAUUACCUUGAUCCUCGAAUGUUCGGCCUCGAUUUCGAUGUAUUUGUGUUCGAUAAUACAACCAGUGAAUACAGCGAACACGGCUUACACAAGCGCCAAGGUGACAUUCAGUUACCUCCUAACUGCAUGGAUGAGUGCAGUAAUGUGGCCCUGCCCAUCCAAAGCGGGAUAAGUCGUGAUGAGCUUUGUCUUAUCGGCUCCGAUUUCCUACAGUUUGUAAGCGAGUGCAGGGACUGCAUUGACCUUUUCGCCGAACCCGGCGGUGGCACAUUCCCGGAUAUCCAACCUCAAUUCGCGCAGUUCCUAAAUUAUUGUGAGCAACAUCCAGGCGAAUCUAGCGUCAGCCCGGAACCACAGCUUCCUUCAAGUACCACCCGAGACACCGAGACCACACCAGAAAUGAGCACCACGGUACCUACGGAACCUCCUUAUCCAACGACGCCCACACAAACCACCUCUAUGACUAGUCAUCCCAGUGAUGGGAUUCCAAUUCCUCCUUCUACUACGCCCAUAGAAUUCCCAGGAGUUGCGACAGCUAUUCAGCCACUUCCAUGGACCUCUCUCAUGGGAAGCAUAGCUGUAAUGUUAUUUGCAUUUUUUUGA